AUGGUUGUGGAAAGAGGCGAUUGGGGAGCAGUGCUAAGAGUCCAUGGAAAUAAGAGAGCUAUAAAGGAGACAGAUUUUGUUGUUGAAGGUCUGAGGCUCUCUCAUAUCAGACCCUCUCAAAGCUCAGGUCCCAGGUCGUUUGCCAGCUCUAAAGGUGUCAUAUCAAACCCUCUCAAUACACUUGAAGAUAGUGUAUGUGCAGGACUUAGGAGAGUCACGCAGAGGAAGACUAAAACUUUUAAAGAGUUCUAUUCCAACUUUUAA